UCACAAAAAUAUAGAUAUAACUAUUUGUACUUGACUUAAUUCAAGUGUUCCUUAAAAAAAAUGGCUUCACCAAUAGGACCAUGGAUGGGAGGUGGACGUCGGAGAGGAGCUGGAGAUUUGGACAUGAUUAGUGAUCCUUUCUCUUAUGAUUUAUGGGACCCUUUUGAUUAUGGGCUGAGUGGUGGAUUGAGUGGCUGGGGGCUCGGCGGUCGUAGAGGCGGCGAUGAUAACGUCUCGGCCUUGGCUCAUGCUAAUGUUGACUGGCGUGAAACCGACACUGCUCAUGUUUUUCGUGUUGACCUUCCUGGGGUGAGGAAGGAAGAUCUGAAGGUGCAAGUUGAAGAUGGGAACAUACUUGAGAUAAGUGGAGAGAGAGUGAAAGAAGAGGAACAAGUGGACGACAAGUGGCACCGUGUGGAGCGUCGCCAAGGGACAUUCAUGAGGAGAUUCCGGCUUCCGGAAAAUGCAAAUGCAGAUGAGAUCAAGUGUGGGCUUGAGCAUGGCGUUUUGACUGUAAACGUGCCAAAGAAGGAAACACAGGUGUUUACAAGAAAUGUUAGAGCCAUAGAUGUUGUUUAACAACUUCUCUUUGGCUGUCCAAUGUAUAAAACAAAUGCUAAAGUUACUAACGUUGUGCGUAGUGUGUGUGUCCAUAGACUUGGUGUGUGCAAUUACCAGAAUAAAGGCUACUUAUAGCUACUUAAUCGUUUUACUUUCACAAUUGAGUCUUAGCACA